CGUUUGUGUGAGUGAAAAAAAGAAAAAGAAAAGAAAGGAAAGAUUGGCGCUUUGCUAUAAAGCCUCCUGCUAAACCAGUUCAUCCCUCACACUUUGAGAAGUUUCGCCGUCCUGCAAGGUUGGCAUCUUCUUCACUUCAACAUCCGCUUCAAUCACCGUGGCAAUGACCGCAACAUCAUUGCGUCUUUUGGCGCUAUUCGCCACACUUCUUGUUGGAUUUCCGGGCGUAGAGAACUUGGCUGUCAAACGACAGGCUGUUCAACCUGAAGCUCCAAAAUCGGGAUCGUUUUACCGCGGAGCAGUUGAAUCUCCUCCACCGGCCGUCCAGACCGGACGAGGGUUCCAACGAGGUGCUGUUGAAUAUCGCCCGAAUCCCGAUUUUCGCCCUAUCAACCCAUUCGCCCUCCGAAACUUGAACAGCGCCGUUUUCCUGUCGCAAUUUUACUAUCCAUCGCUGUACGCCGAUCAUUUCCGCAAGCUUUAUCCCGAUUAUUAUACUCCCUUUGCUGUGCUUCCGGUGCCAAUCAGCAAUUCGAUUAUCCAAAAGGAUGGUUCAGAGUGCCUGAACGGCCAAGCUUUGCGACCGAAUCCUGAUGAUUGCGCCGGCUAUCAGAGCUGCGUCCACGGCUUGUGGGAAAAUCAAAAGUGCCCUGAUGGAUUGCACUGGAAUGCCGAGUACAGCAUUUGCGAUUGGCCGUCGAAUGUCCGAUGCGCCAUUGAAGACACCUCUUCAGCUACUCAAGCUCCAGCUACUCAAGCUCCCCAACUUUCUACCACGACACCUCGGCCUCCAGCUUCUUCUACCACGCCAGUUGCCCCAUCAACAACAUCGCCCAGUCCAACUGCCUCACCUUCCGCACCGCCAUCUUCGACGUCCAGUGAGGCUAAAGUGAUCUGCUACUACACCAAUUGGUCGUGGUAUCGCCAAGGAGAAGCCAAAUAUUCUCCUGACAACAUCGACCUGAAGCUCUGCACUCACAUUCUCUACGGAUUCGCCACGCUGGACCCAAACAAGUCUAUCAUGCAGGUCUUUGAUUCGUGGUCAGACACGGACGAGUAUGGCCCCAGUCUUUAUGCCAAGGUGACGGCCCUCAAGAAACAUGGCAUCAAAGUCUUGAUUGCUUUGGGUGGCUGGAACGACUCAGCCGGUGGCAAGUACAGUGUUAUGGUCAACAAUCCGGCGGCCAGACGCCGUUUCAUCGAGAACGCCGUGAUUUUCAUCGAGAAUUACGGAUUUGACGGACUCGAUCUCGACUGGGAAUACCCUAAAUGUUGGCAGGUCGAUUGUAACGCUGGCCCGGCUUCCGACAAACCAGCGUUUGCAGCCUUCGUUAAAGAAUUGAGAGAAGCCUUUAAUCCUAAAGGUUGGCUUUUGACAGCAGCCGUUUCACCAUCCAAAGCCGUUAUCGAUGCUGGUUAUGACAUCCCGUCUCUGUCGCGUGACUUGGAUUGGAUCGGUGUCAUGACUUACGAUUAUCACGGCCAUUGGGACAAGAGAACAGGCCAUGUGGCUCCACUUGGCUUCCAUUCGGAGGCAGAUGUGGCUUAUUUCAACACAGAGUACACACUCAAUUACUGGAUCCGUGGUGGAGCUGAUGCUGCCAAAAUCAUUAUGGGUAUCCCACUGUACGGCCAGUCUUUCACACUGGAAAACCCCAGUAAUAACGGCCUCAACGCUCCGGCUAAAGGAACUGGACAAGCUGGAGAAUUCACUCGCCAAGCUGGAUUCCUCGCUUAUUACGAAAUUUGUAAGAUGAUCGGCAAUGGAGGAUGGAAUGUCGUCCAGGAUGAAGAAGGAGCUCUCGGUCCCUAUGCUUAUCGUGGCGAUCAAUGGGUAUCGUUCGACGAUGUAAACAUGGUUCGGAAAAAAUCGGAAAUCGCUAAAGCAAUGAAAAUCGGUGGUGCCAUGAUCUGGGCCCUCGAUCUCGACGAUUUCCGCAAUAAAUGUGGAUGCGAGACGUACCCUUUGCUGAAAACAAUCAACAGAGUCUUGAGAAACUACCCGGCAUCGAGCGCCAAGUGUGACGUUAAAAGUGUUCCAGAAGUGACCAGACCAACUGCAUUGUCCAAGAGUACCUGUCAAGAGAAUUCUUACAAAUCACACGAGUCUGAUUGUGCUAGUUACUAUCAUUGCGUUUUCGGACAAUGGAGUGGAUAUACUUGCCCCAACGGUUUGUUCUGGAACAAGGAAUACUGCGAUUGGCCAUACAACACCGAGUGCAAAGGUAGCAGUGAAACUUACCUGCCUGCAGUUGCAGCCCCAACAGCUGCUCCUGCUAAACCUGAUUCCACUGGAACGACAGAGAGUGGCGCGUACGUCGAAUGGAAACCAACGACGACAACGGCUAAACCCACGCCUAGUCCGUUUCCCGAAGUAGCCCUGCCCGAUACAGGUUUUAAAGUCAUCUGUUAUUUCACGAAUUGGGCGGGAUAUCGAACGGGCGAAGGCAAAUACAAGCCGGAGGACAUUGACCCGGCAAUGUGCACGCACAUCAUUUACGGAUUUGCCACACUCAGUCCGAGUGAGUUGACUAUGCGCGUCUUUGACUCUUGGGCCGAUACGGACGAAUACGGUCCAAAUCUUUACGCCAAAGUCACCGCAUUGAAGAAAAAGGGCAUCAAGGUGUUGAUUGCUUUGGGUGGCUGGAACGAUUCGCUGGGCAGCAAGUACAGCCAGCUGGUAAAUAAUCCAUCAGCCAGGAAACGAUUCGUGGAUAACGCAGUCGCCUUUGUUGAGAAAUACGGUUUCGAUGGACUGGAUCUUGAUUGGGAAUACCCAAAAUGUUGGCAGGUGGAUUGCAAAGCUGGACCCGAUUCAGACAAACCGGCGUUCACCGCUUGGGUCAGGGAACUGAGUGAAGCGUUCAAGCCUCGCGGCUGGCUGCUAUCGUCAGCUGUUUCACCGUCAAAGACUGUCAUCGAUCUUGGCUAUGAAGUUGCUGAACUGUCCCCCUACUUUGACUGGAUCGGUGUCAUGACUUACGACUAUUUUGGCAACUGGGACAAGAACACGGGUCACGUUGCUCCCCUAUAUGCCCACUCGCAAGUUGAAAACAAAUUCUUUAACACGAAUUUCACGCUCAACUACUGGAUAGAACUUGGCGCUGAUCCGUCCAAAAUCAUCAUGGGAAUGCCCAUGUACGGCCAGUCCUUCACUCUUGAAGACCCCGCCAGCAAUGGCUUGAACGCCAAGGCUAAAGGACCAGGUGAAGCAGGAGAAUUCACGCGACAAGGAGGUUUCCUCGCGUUUUACGAGAUUUGCCACCGUAUGAAGCAAGGUGGCUGGACAGUGGUUCAAGACUCUGAAGAAGCCAUGGGUCCUUACGCUUACAAAGGAAAUCAGUGGACUUCGUUUGACGAUGUCGCUAUUAUUCGGCGCAAAUCUGAAUUGGUGAAAUCAAUGAAAAUCGGUGGUGCUAUGAUUUGGGCGUUGGAUCUUGAUGAUUUCAGAAACCGAUGCGGAUGCGAACGCUAUCCAUUGCUAAGGACCAUUAACCGCGUCUUGCGUAAUUAUCCCGAAGCCGACCCGGAUUGCAAUUACGCUUAAAAAUGAAACAGGGAUCUUCAAAAGAGAUUGAAUGCUGAGCAUUAGAAAGACAUGGUUUUCGAUGUCUUUAAAGGCACACAACAAAGAUGUGCUAAAGGUGUUUGUUCUUUUUUUUUACAACGUUUUUCUCUGUUAUGCGCUUAAAUCCGUAUUUGGGUAUCUGGGUACAGAAUUGUUUCACUGACUUGUGGAAUCACUCACUGGCUUGAUUUGUGUCUAAGUUCAUUUUGUAGUGCACCAUUAUUACACUUUCCAAUAAGUGGUCA